CUUUAACUGGGCCAUGGCCCACCCGCCAUCGUCAUUGCUUCCCACGGUUGGCUGCAUCUUGGACUGAACAUCCGUCUCGCUUCGUCCCGCGUCCCGUCCGUCUUGACCCCGGUUUGCUCCCGCAGACUUACGUUCAUUCUGUUUUUACGCCGGCCGGCCGUCCUCUUCUUUCCGCGUUCCAUUCUGUCUGCCGGGUCUCGUCGCCGAGCAUCAGCAACUCGUUCGCUGUCACCGCCAGGCCAUAGCUCCUUCGACGCCACAUCGUCACCUGUCUCACGGCGCUCGCUGGCUCACUCGGACGUUGCAGCCGCACUAGCUCCUGUCGGUCGGGGCACGUCUGCGACCUCGUCGACGACUUUGCCAACCGGCGAGAUACGCUCCAUCACCAGAAUUCGGUCAUCGCCGCACGACCACCGUGCCCUGCCCUGCCUUCUGCUCCCCAGGAUUGCGAUGCAUAAACCCCGAGCGGACCAACAGACAGCAGCAUGAGCGAGUCGCUCAACAUUGGAAACCUCCUGCAGACGGGGUAUUUCACCUCCUCGCGGGCCAAGAGCACAGCCCCGCCCUCGCCAAGGACCGAGGCAGUACCGUUCCCCUCACCUGGCCUUGCCAGAGAGGACCACAUUCCCCGGUCAAUCAGCUCUGCUCCCCGCUCGAGACACUCCUAUCCGCCGGCCCCGAGCGUAGAAGAUGAGGCCGACUCAUUGGCUCGAGAGCAUGGAGUGUCAAGUGCCAGGGAGUCCCUUGACGAGGAGCCGCAGUCACGAGGGGACAUCGACCAAAAUCCCAUCAUCAUGGAAGUGCACGAGUACAACCCUGAACGACGCUUUGUGAUUCUCAACGACCCUCCAAAAGCUUCCGGGGUGGGUUCCGAAGCUAGAACCGCCCCAAGUCGAGCUCCCAAGUCCCCCGUCCCUGAGGUGAACGGUUCCUCACACACUCAGCCCGUUCAACGGCAGGACUCUGGUCUUCGUAAGGGUCACAUUAGGACCAACAGCGAGAGGCCCGUUUCCGAACGCCGCAGAAGUAGGCAGGACCUGCCGCCCAUUGAGACGGAUCUUCGUGCGGACCGACCACCUGAGCAUCAUCGGAGCAAGUCCUCUGCAAGCGCCAGUCGUCCCGACUACUUUUCCCCCCGCCAGACCCGGCCAUACGGCGAUCAACUUUUGUCCCCCGAUAUCGUAUCAAGCGGGGCUAGUGGCCGAGAAAAGACAUACAGGGGGCUUGGACAAUCAUCGAGCUCCAGUGGCAGAUCGUUCAGUCGCCAAAGCUACCACGAGGGCAGCGCUCGAAGGAGAGAUGAUAAGCCCUACUAUAACAGCGGGCGCGACACGUCAUCAGCCAGGCGAUCGGAGACGAGCUUCGAGAACAGAAAGCCAUCGAGGAGGCAAUCGAACGACUGGGUGAGUGAUUCGCGAUACCGUAAGGAGACCUCAUCCAGUCGCGGUGACAGAAGGGAUACGUCACAAUCCUACAGCCGUGGUGAAAGUAGUAAGUCCCAGAGAUCGCCAAUCUUGCCCCGGGAACAGAGUCGCUCUGGUGAUGGGAACGGUAAAGACGCGCAGGCAUCUUAUACACCGAAGAAACCCGUCAUUAUCCAACAGGACCGCCCUCCCGUGGCAACCAGGUCCGAAAGAAACGGCGACGAGGGUGAUAGGAUUAGGCCACCGUCCCGAACGGGCACUUUUCCACUCCCGUCGCCGAGCCAAGCGGCAUUCGCCACAGCAGCUGCCGGAGCGACCGCCGUGGCUAUGACACCGCGCGGAUCUGCCACUUUCCCGCUUCCAGGAUCUGAAAGGAGCCGCCCGUCCGAGGCAAAACUGCCAUUGCCCUAUCCUGACGAUGACCUAGCGUUUCACGGCCUUGGCAUCGAUAACCGAGACAUCGCGCCAGACCAUAGAGCUGCGCCGGUUCCCCUACCCGUUGUAUCGAUGCCUGAGCCAUCCCCAGUUAUAAUGGAUCGACCUGUCGAUCCCUUCAACAUGGCAGGGCCUGUGACGACCCCCAAGGAGUCGGCAUGGCAGCCGCCUGCUUUUGAUCCUGUUAAAGAUGGCCUGCGCGCUGAGAACGGCAAACGGAUGGGGUCGUAUCGUCGGUUUUCCGAGAGCAAGGAGCAUGAAGAAUCCGGGGGGCUACCCGAGUGUCCGCGGACAAAGCCCGUGGCUGGGCUGGUGGACUGGCUUACCUUGCCGCGGACCAACUUCAACAUUUGUCCGACGUGCUACGAGACGGUGUUUGCCAGCUCCGAGUUUCGAACUCAGUUUCAGCCCAUGCUGCGACCGAUGAGCGAUGCGAUUGCAUGCGAUUUUGGGUCAUCUGCUUGGUAUAGAAUCGCCUGGCUUCUGACUUUGAAGCACAAGACUCCCGACUUGCGACUUCUACAUCAAGUUGCCAACGUCAUGAACUCCACUCGCAACGAGACUUGCCCUGGCAACCGCAAGGCAACACGCACCUGGCUCACCGUUAUAGAUCCAAGCACAAAGCAUCCGGUGCCCGAAUUUUCUACCUGUUAUGAGUGCGCGAGAACGGUCGAGGUGCUUCUGCCGAACCUCACAGGCCUCUUUGUUCCUCUGGAGCCCAGAUCGGAGCCCUCGAGAGACCUUUGCGCUCUGCACUUCAUGCCAAAGAGGGAGGACUUUGUGCUGUAUUUUGAUGCGCUCGAAACGACAUCUGACAAGGCCUUCGUGGAAGACAAGGCUCCGGAUGUUGCCCGGCUGGCCAAAGAGCUGCAGCAGCUGACCAUUGGUGGGGACUGUCGAGAAGACAGCCCUGUGGUUGACGGAUACUGGCACAUGAUGCAGUUUUUGCCGCAGUUGACUGUCUGCAGCGCUUGUUUUAUUGACGCGGUUCAGCCCAAAAUCGAUGAAGGGAGUAGCCUGGCACAAAAUUUCUACAUGAAGCCGCAGAAAUUGCCCUCGGCGACUUGCCAGCUGUAUUCGAAGCGGAUGAGGGAAGUCUUUGCCAAAGCUUGCCGACGAAAGGAUCUGGCAUACCUCAAGGAUCGGGUUCUAGAGAGGCGGGACGUCGAGGCGGAGAUUUACGAAAAACUUCUGAAGCUUGAGAAGUCCAGAAGGAACGACGCUUGGACGGAAGAGCAGGUGGAAAAGUUGGUGAAAGAAUGGCGGCGAUGGGAAUAGUUCGGGACAGACCUGGAAACGGCCGAAUCACGGAUACGUUGAAGAUAUGGCAUAAGAUGUAGCAUACCUAACGACGUAACGAUAUGACGGGAAAAUAAUGAAAUGAUAGAUUUCACCUGGAU